ACUAAUUCUACAGUUAACACUUAACCACUCGCAAAAUGAUUGCUAAGAUUGUUUCCAUCCUCUUUAUGUUUGGUCUGGCUCAUGCCGGAAACAUUGGCUAUGGAGCUCUUGGAUAUAAUGGUCUCGGCUAUGGCGGUCUCAACUAUGGCGGUCUCGGCUAUGGCGGUCUCGGCUAUAGCAGCUUAGGUUAUGGCGGUAUUGGCGGAUAUGCCGGAUAUGGCGUUGCCCCGGUCGCAGCCGCUCCCGUCGUUGCCGCACCCGUUAUUGCGAAUCCAGUUGCAACCAAAACUCUCGCUUCUCCUUUAGCUGUUGCUUCAUAUGGUUAUAAUCCACUCGCAUAUGCGCGAUAUGGUAAUUAUGGAUAUGGCAAUUUAGCCUGGUAGAUUUUGUAUCUUUUUUUUUAACAUUUUUAUGUACU